AUGAGGAUUCACAUCCACAUGAAGGGGACUCUGCUCUGUUUACGGCGGAUGUCUGGAAGAGACAGCGGAAUGUGUCUCUUCGUCACAGGCUCAAAGUACUUCUCCCAGUUGAAGCUUAAGAAGAUGCCCAUCGACAGAGCGGAGUGGGAAAGUUAUUUUGACGAAAGUGGCCAUCUCCUGAAGUCCCAAGAGUUUGUUUCAUCCCAAAUCCUGGAGAGGGGCCUGGAUCCCGCUGUGAGGCCGGAAGCCUGGAAGUUUCUCACGGGAUACUACUCAUGGCAAACGUCUCAUGACGAGAGACUCACCAUUGAAAGCAUGAGAAGGAAAAGUUACGAGUCCUUGUGCAACAUGUGCGACAAGAUCCGGCCGUUGCUGGAGACGGAGCACCGGCAGUUCAUGGAAGUCCGCAACUUCAUCAAGUCCGAUGUGCAGAGGCUUUACAUCAAAGAUGCGCAGGGCAACUCAAUGAUGGACAAGAGUCAGCUGGAGAAGAUCCUUCUGCUGAACUACGUGUGCAACGUGGAGGCGGAAUAUCAGCAGGGUUUCCAUGAGAUGCUUUUGCUCUUCAGGCUAUUUGUGGAGAAGGAGCACGAAAUCUAUUGGCUGUUCCAGUUCUUCCUCCAGAAAACAAAUGCAGUGGCGCCGGUCCUUAUGGAGGUCCUGCGUACAGCACACGUCCAUCCUGUGCUGCGGGAGCUGCACUGGCUGCCGGUGGAGUACCAGAUCAGGCUUAAGGCCCUUAACAGUCAGGGCCCCAUGUAUCUUCAGGACCCCCUUUUCCAGUAUACCCCCAGAAGAGCAUUGCGCUCAGUAGAUCAGAACCUACG